CAGUUUUGAAACCGGAUCUGACCAGAGAAGAAAUUGAACAACACACCACACCCCUGUUUUGUUUUGGUCGGUUGUUAGAGUAGCGUUUUUAAUCUCUACACCUCCUAGUAGUCUCUCCAGCUCAAAUACAAAUACACGGCAUUGUUUCUCUAAUCAUGGACGAAGCGGGACCCGAUAGCAAACUGUGCAGAAAAGAGCUGCGUAAACAAAAACUGAUGGAAUACUUGGCAGCGAAAGGAAAGUUAAAGCCACCAAACCCAAAGCCUUACCUACGUAAUGACUACCCAGGGAAGAAGUCUAUCGUGUCUGCACUGGAGCCAGCCAACGGAAAAGAGAACCAGCAUGCGACCGCUGUCAUGAAACAUGAAGUGACAAAUACAGUGAAACAAGUAGCUAAACAUGGCGUACAACCCACUGUUAAAGCACAAGUUAAACAGAGUUUCACAAGAGGUGGUAUCUUAUCUGCCUCACAAAGUGUCAACAGUUUAUCUGCACCCACUGUUCAAACACGCCCUCCAGCGAUUAAAGGAAAACCGUUGGUUACGAGGACAUACACAAUUGCAGCACUCAAAGCAAGGGCCGGGAACAAUCAACUGCCCAAGCAGUCUGAGACAUUAGUGAAAUCCACUAUUCACCUGAGCACAGUAAAGUCCAGCGCCUCAUCUGCACAACAGACCAUCACACACCCCCACAGGACAUCUCAUGCCAAAUCAGGCUCCAUCGCAACUCACUAUGUCGUAGAAACUAAAAAAGGAACUUUACCUGUGGGACCCCGCCCGAGGAAUGUAAAAUCAAACCCAACCCAAGGUCGUUCUGCAAUCAAUACGGCAUCUAACGUAACCCGAGUACGCUCAACAAGUGCCCCUUCAGCACCAAAAGCAAAUCUGAGCACUGCGAUACACAAGCCCUUCCAAAGCGGGGCCACUGUGUCGCGGGCUGCCAGCCUCAUCUCCCACGAUCGCAGUGCCAGCCGUGGCCACGCCAAGCCGGUCUCAACCAAACCACUCCAGCCGUCGCAGCCGGCUCGUCCUUCCGCUGCAGGUAAACAGACCCUCCUAUCAACCAGAGCCACGGCGGCGACUGGGAGGUUGAUUCUCACCCAUCGAGUAGGAAAAACAACCGGCGCCUUGCAGGGCAAGCCAGCGAGGAGAACCGCUGACGAGAGACCUGACGCAAAGGUGGCGGGUCAUGCACGACAAGCCGCGUUCGGUACUGGGACGAGUGCAGGAACAAAAAGCCAACGCGGCGGAGGGUCUGCCGGGGGACCAGGGAACCAUUUGGGGGCGAAAGGACGCGUGCUUGAAGGAAACGAGGCCGACACUGCAACCAUACCGCCCAGAAGGACCACAACAUCGAGCCCUCCGGUCAUCCCGCAGACGCUGCCUCGUUCUGGUACACGUGUGCCGAAGACACCCGGACUUCAGGGCAGCCGGGCCCCUCAGACCGAAGGGAAGAAGUCCACUGCUGCCCAGGAGGAGAGGAUGAUAAAGCUCCAGGAGUGGCGCGACACCAAGGGCAUCUCCUACAAGCGCCCUCCCAUGCCGGUGAGGCCCCAGUCGAGACGCACCCUGGCCCUGCCCCAGCCCUACUGGGCCACCAUGGAGGAAGACGAGGCCCACUCACUGAUCAGUGCUGUGGACAGGUCCCUGGACGACUGCAUCAAGCUACUGACAGAGGGUUGUUCCCCGGAGCACGUGACCAAGGUCCUGUCUCGCUUACCUCCGUUAGCCAAGAAAUUUGCCAAGUACUGGAUCUGCCAGGCCCGAAUCAUGGAGCGACAGGGAAACCUGGAUGUGUUGCCCAUGUUUGAGGAGGCAGUCCGCCUUGUACUUGAGCCCGUGGACGACCUGCGGACCGUGGUGUUUGACAUACUGAAGAAACGGGAUGAAAGUGAGCGCGCUAAAGAGAGAGUGGAGGAGGAGGAGGACCAAGAGGAGAUCCAGCGAGAGGCCUUUUCCCUUGGGCCAGACGCUGUGGGCAUCCCCCAGCCUGUCAGAGCCCUCAUCCAGGGAGAUUGGGGCUACUCCUCUGCAGUGAAGUACAAGAUAACAGCCACUCCUGGGGGCGGUCAAAGCAAGCAGAGGGGGCGUUUCCGGGUCGACGGCCAGGAGGUGCGCUUCUUCACCCCCGUGAGACGUUCGGUGAGGAUCGAGAGGGCCUCCCUGGGCUACCCGGCCUACCUCCGCGAGCAGGACCCGUGCGUGGCCUCCUACGACGACCUCCUGGCCGAGGACGAGCCGGAGGGGAGUGGGGAGCGGCAGGAGGCGAGCGGCGGAGCGUCUCACCAGUGCACUGCUACGCCCAUCUACGUUUACCGAGAGAACGAGGCCCUCCAGGACCAGGUGAAGGUGCAGUUGGUCUACGACGACGACGAGUGAGCUCGGCAGCAUUCGAGUGAGGGCGGGGUUGAGUCGGCUUGAUCCUUCACACGAUCCUUCACAGAAACUCACACUCCUAUCUAUCCUUAUGUCACAGGAGACAUACAGGCCCUUGAAAUUCUGCAUUUUAACGAACUGAAAAUUUUAAAUAUUUAUAUUUCUUGGUUUCUUGGUCUAUAUUUCUUGCUAUUACAUGGUUCUAGAAAUAACUUUGUAACUUAAAAAAAAUAAUAAUUAUACUUGUGCUGGAGAUCGAAUUCAAAAGCAUGGGUUUUGUAUGUGUGUAUAUAUGUAUUUUUCAUGAAAAGGUUGUAAAGGCUCAGAUUUUUCGCACAUGACCCUCCUAGAUUGUAUUGAAUGAGAUUUGGUAGUGACAAAGAUAAAUGUCUUAUUUCGUGAUGCAUAUUUCAUACUGUGCAUAUUGUAUUGUACGUCAUUUCUCACUCACUUAAAAAAUAAAUUAAAACUUCUCAAGGGACAUA